GGAUCGGUUAGAUUGAGAAGAAAUGUUCCGUCUUUUCUUGCUCCUUAUUAUGGUGGCUUCUGAGGUGAAAGGAGCCUGCAAUCGAGUUCCCCAAGGAGCCACCGGCGAACGAUCUGCUGUCGAUGAUAAUUUUAAAAUCCUGAUCGAUGGCAACCCAGCCACUUAUGUACCAGAACAUCAGUAUAAUGUUUCGUUAUCCUGUCCAAUAAGCUUAAAGUUUGUGAGCUUUACUUUGGUUGUGGAGGCGGAAGAUCAGUCGGCCGCCUUAAAUGGUCAGGAUAUGACCGGUCACUUUGAACUACUGGGCACGACGGACACCCGCUUUAGUACCGGCUGUGAGAACAUGGUGGAGAGUACCAAUACAAAUGCCAAGAUCCACAUUGAAGUAUCCUGGAUAGCGCCAAGUCAUCCGGACAGCGGUUGCGUGCUGAUUAAGGCUGGCGUUGUCCAACAUCGUGAUGUAUGGUUCCUGGAUGAUGGUUUUUUGACCAAGCGAAUUUGUCCCGAGGAGAUUGACGAACUAAAUAUUUUGACGCCACCUUUGGAGACUUGCUGCGCCUGUGAUGAAGCCAAAUAUGAGAUCGUUUUGGAGCGCAAGUGGGCCAAGAACACGCAUGCGAAAGACUUUCCAGCCGAGGCUUGGCGAACUCGUUUGGGUGAGGUGAUUGGUGCUUCCCACAGCCAUAGCUAUCGGUAUUGGGCCUAUGGUGGAAGAGCUAGCCAGGGGAUGAAGGAGAUGGCCGAGCAUGGAGCAACCCGCACCCUAGAGAAUGAGAUCAGGCAAAAUACUCAAAAUGGAGAUGUCCGGACUAUAAUCAAAGCACCUGGCAUUGCCCAUCGAUUGAAUGCCUUUGGAAGAACGCUGGCCAAUGCUCGAGUGGAUCCUGUACAUCAUCAGAUCUCACUGGCAGCCAAGAUAGAUCCUUCGCCCGAUUGGAUACUGGGAGUUGCCGGACUGGAGCUUUGUCUGAGCAAUUGCACUUGGCUGGAGCGAAAAGUGUUGAAUCUCUAUCCUUGGGACAUUGGCACCGAUUCGGGUCCUUCCUACAUGUCGUCAGAUCAGCCACAGGUGCCACCUGAUGUGGUGCGCCGUAUAACGUCAUCGUAUCCCAGCGACUAUCGUUCUCCAUUUUACGAUGAUACCGGCGCCUCAAUGAAACCUUUGGCCACACUCUAUGUUACCCGGAAGAAGCUGUACAUCCGGGAGUGCGAGGAAGUUCCCCAGGAAGGACCUCUAGAGUGCGCUGUACAUCCAUGGAACGAAUGGACGAACUGCAGCACACGAUGUGGCCAGGGUUACUCCCAACGUCAGCGUAGCUAUAAGAAUCCCAGUCUGGCGGCAAACUUUAACUGUGAACGAAGCUUGGAGGAGAUUCGCCAAUGCCAGGGAACUCAAUGUGGAGCAGCGGAGGAGGAAUUAGAAGGCGAAGAUCCUGGCUUGGGCAUGGAGAAUCCACCAGGUGCUGGAUCUAUGGCCGAAUGUCAGCUAAGUAACUGGGGCGAAUGGUCACCAUGCUCGCAGACAUGCGGCAGAGGAUCUUCAACUCGGACGCGAGACUACUACAAUGCGCAGGCUAGACAACGUUGUUUGUCCGUGAUGCGGCUACCGCUGGAAGAGACUCGACAGUGCAUGGGAUCGGAUUGUGGUGGGACCAUUCCGGAUAAUGGUGAACUCGAUGCUUUUCCGGAACCAGAUUCGUUUGGAUCAGAUCAGGAUGGCUAUAAUAGUAAAACCACAUCAUGGAGAGACAGACAGGAGAGUAACAACCAGGGUUCAAGAAACCAAGCGUGGAAUAGAGCGGGUCCUAGUUCCGGAAAUGAUAGGCCAUCUUACAAUCCAAGAGACAAUACGCAGGAGUCACCGAUUUCACCCUUUGGUCAGAUAGAAAAUCACCAACGUCCCGUUUUCAAUCCAUCUGACAACUUGGAUAGGUACAACAAGGGCUUUCCUCCUGCAAAUAGCUACAGCAAUGAUAAACUUGUUGGCAAUAGACCUGGCUAUAGUGACUUCAAUCAGGGCUAUGGCAAUAGGGAUACCAACAAUGAUUAUAGGACAUCGAACUUUAGACCUGGAUUCACCACACGCUCUCCCUAUGGAAGUCGGUAUCCCAGUCAGCAACAGGAUGUGGAGAACAUAUCUAACGAUAAUAAUGGCAAUGGAUAUAAUGUAGUUCAAGACUAUUGCUUCGAGAAACCCUAUGCAUCCACACGACCCUGUGUGGCCAAUCCGGUGGUGGUAAGCAAUUACUGGUUCUACGACCAUGAGGAUCACGAGUGCAAGAUCUUCACUACGGAUAACUGUGAUGAGAAUAGGAACCGCUUCCGUACCCUGAUGGCCUGUGAGGGCACCUGUCUCCAGCCACAAAUGAACAUGGAGCGAACCGAAAACGAUGCUAUGGAUCUUUAUGGCGGUGGAUUCUAUAACCAAACCCAAACAGGCGGUAGAUACAAUGAUAUGCAAGUUGGUAGACCCUAUGAUCGGAUUGGAGGUAGAUCCUAUGAUCAAAUGGGAGGAAGGAACUAUGGUCAAACUGGAGGCAGAUCGUUUGAUCAAGCGGGUGGUAGAUCUUAUGAACAAACAGAAGAUAGAUCCUAUGACUUAGCAAGGGGCAGGUCCAACUUACCAACGACAGGUGGAUCCUAUGAGCCAGCAGAUGGAGGAGCUUAUGGUUCUCAGUACGUCGAAGCUGCCGGUGAUAUUGGAGAUCCCAUGUCUCAGACAAAAAGCAGAUACGAUACUUCAAGACGUGGACGUUACGGUGGUUAA